UUGAACAGCACUGCCUCUUUCCUUAUUUUUCAUUCGAUUCUCCAACCUUUCUUCAGAUAUUCCAUUACCACCCUAUACCACCGCGUGGUGUUUUCAAACCUUCUGAUAUCAAUUGGUCACACACACUUCAUCGUUACAAUAAUUACCACUUAUACAUAAAUCAUCCGUUAUAUAUAUCAUAACCAUUUUCUUUGGCCUAGGCUAGGCUUGAAUUCUCCACUAAGGUCGUCGUAGCCUAUUCAACCCCUUCGUCUCGCUCCAUUUAAGACCAACCCCCCUCUUGGGCUUCUUCAUUCGCCGUCUUAUUCCCAUCGCUCCUGCACUUCAAUCAUCAGCUCAACUUGCUCUUGAUCCAUUUAUCAUUCUCCGCUGCGUCGAGGAGUUGUAUCAUCAAUCAAAGACCUUUCCUUGUCAACACUUGUUACCUUUCGGCCUUCGAUAUCAACUGCUUGUCUCUGUUUUUAUCUAUUUGCUCCCUCUUUUGCAAAAUUCACCUCGCUACUUGACUCAUCUCUCAAGCGCCUUCUGAACAUUGGGCAUGUCUUACCAACCAACCGUGAUUCCCCAAGAGCUCCAGUUCCUCUCUGGAUUCAUUCUAGACCAGCUCCCGACUUUACCUCGAUCUUUGCAACCUGAUAUCCUCGACGUUCUUGUCACUCGUUACCUCGCUCAACACUGGUACCCCGACCAAUCUGAACGUGGCUCAGGCUUCCGUGCAAUCUCCUUUGAUCCAGCUCGUCAGGAUGGCUACGUCGAUCCAGUACUACGUCACAUCGCAUCUGUGGCCAAAAUAACCAUCAAGGAUCUCAAGAAGGCUUUGUUUAACAAGAAUGGUUGGACGGUAUGGUGUGACCCAGGCUGUGUCAGCAUCCGAUACCAAACCGGGGGCGGUGAAAUUCGUGAGCUUUGGGGUCGACUUCCUCAACACCUAGCCUCCCCAGUUAUAUCUCCACGCGGUCCAACGUCACCUACUCCUGUCUCACAAUCGUCACCGUCCAAGUCGCGCGCAAUCCCCAUCUUGGCGCCUUCCACCGCUGCUCGUUUGGCUGGCGUUUCCGGCUUAUCUGUCAUUCCGCCCACCCCUUUACCAGCUGGCCAACGCACGACUUUGUCUUGCAACGUCGAUGAGACCGAUGAUGCUGAUCUAGCACUCUACAUGAACCGCCCGUUCUCCCUUCGUCCUUCUCACUCCCGUCAGCCCUCAAAGCAAAUGAACUCGACUGAUGCGGCAGAAGACCCUUUUUCGAGACCUGACUCCCGCACAUCAUCUGCGUCGUCCUCGUCGGGCUCUGAUCAAUCUGCGUUCUCAGCUGUAUCACUUUCAACCACCUCAACGGUCCACUCAUCUGCCACUCACACUCGCAAGAACUCCGCUAGCGUGACGACUCAAGCCCCUCAGAUGUUUGCUCGCCAUCACUCGACUGGCAGUUUACCUAUUGGCUACCCUGCGGCUAAGAUCCCUGCUUUCCAUUCUCAUGCAUACGCCUUUCCCGGCCAAGUACCUGGUGGGUUUGUCGCGCAACCGAUGAUUUCUCGCUCUUCUUCACCUGCCCCAGGCGUCAAGUCCCGUCGCCUUCGUGAGCGCCAUUACUCUAGCGCAUCAGUAUCCAGCAUGAACUCCUGCAGUUCAGCUACCACUCGUCACGGCGGCUUAGUUCUCAAAGAAGGUCCAGGUACUGUCACUGAGCAUUCUGGUGGAAAGGUCGGUGUAAUGGGUGGUGGCGUCCUCCUUGGCUUACCCAAGACUGAAGGCGCUAAUGCAGACAAGCCCAAGAACGCCCAGAACAACCGCCGAGGUGGACGACGCGGACGUACCAACCAAAACCAAUACAGUAUUAGCGGCUUCUCGUCUUGAAGGCUUUUUAAUCUACCAAAUGGCGUAUUCGCUUUGGCUGUUCAUAUUUCGAACAUAAUCACUAUCCAUUGGGCGAGACAUCUCACCAUGCUUUACCAAACUACCGAAGAUCAUUCGGCCUCCUUGUUUUUUCUAAUAUAAUCGUCAAAUGCUGAAAAAAAACCAUUCUGAAACUUAUUAACUAUUGUGUUUGCUCAAUGUAUGAUUCUUUUACAAAUCCCUCCUCUCUUCGAUAUUUGUUUGUCUCAUUUCGAUGCCUGCUUGAAUUUACUACUACUUCUUCUUUUUUUUUUCCAAAAUUUUCGUUCAUUCUUCCGAACUAAUCAAAUCCGCAUACCUACUUAUAAUUGUUGAACUAUAUCUUACCCUUGUUUGGUUCACUUUUUCCACGUUGAUUGUAGGUUGGCAUUCCGCUCCUUCAUCACCUUGCCUUCUACACAACGUUCCCUAUUGCAUUUCUUGUUUUUUUAUGUCUGCUUCGUUGAUUUUUUUUUUUACUUAUCUCUCCUUUGCAACAGAGAAUUCUAUAACUAAGUUUUAUAUCUUCUUUUUUGUACCAGAUCUUACUUUGCUCUGUUUUAAAGUGUUGUUUGCUUUGGGGUUCUCGCCUGUGUGUGUGUGUGCUGAUGUUUGAUGGUUAUUUCCUUGGUCUUUUCUUCAUUCUAUUUACUAUAUUUUGUUUGCUUGUGUUAGGGUUACCGAGUUGUAAUCAUGAAACUUUGAUUGUAUUCGCCCACUU